UUUAUUAGUGUUCGCUCUCUCGAAGUUUCUAUUUCUUUCCGUCGUCUACACGUUUCUUCCUCUUUCCCUGCAUCGCUUCCUCUCUCAACUGUCGCUCCCACUCUUACACGCUAUGGAACAAAGCUUUGCCUUCACGGGUACUUUGUUUUGAGUAAACUUGUUUUUGACGCGUUCCUUCGCGAAGGUUGUUUUUUCUUUUGGCUCCAGAGUUUGUAGUCAGUCCUCUAGGGUUUGGUGUUACAGCGAGUGCUUUCUCUGCUUAUUGGGACGGUAGCGAGGGUUUUCGUCGGUUUGCAGUGUUGGUUUUUGUGUAUUCUUGUGGAAUUGGCUGGCCAUGGCGUCGAGUGUCGCAGGGCAGUGGGGCGAGUACCCUGCGGUGUUCAUGGGGGACGUCCCUCUGAAGCGCACAUCGAGGGGCAAGGGUGCAAGUCAGAACAGGUACUACAAGAACAUGUACAAAGGAGUGAGAAGUAGAGAGCAGAGUCAGGAUUAUAAUCCCCCCAGACUUAAAGAUUUGAGGAAGCAGAACCGGUUGGGCACGAAAAAGUUUUAUGCCAAGAGGAGAGUUCCUAGGAGUGUGCCUAGGGCUCCCUUUAAUGAUAGCACAUAUCUCAUGCACAUGCGUAGGUCGGGGGGUUUAGCGUCGCUUGAGCCCACUGUGCCGUCUCCUGUUUUCUCUUCACCUGCAAGUUCUAGUUACAAGUUGGGUAAUUAUGAACAAAUUGUGGAUGGGAAUGAUUACGGUUAUGGCUCUAUGACAGGCCUCAUCCAUCUUCGUCCGACUGAUGAUGGUGAUCGAUCAAGCGGUAGCACCGUCGACAAUGAUUUCUCUAACGAUAUGUAUGUGGAGCAGCCUUCUGUUUCAUCUGCAGAUUCUGCCCAGGAAUUGGAGCAGCGACUCGAAAAGGAUAUCAGUCGGUUUGAGAUGGCUCCCAUACCUGAAACUACAUCGGAAGGGUUUCUGGAACAACGGGUGGCAAGACAGGACAUCCACAUCGCACACCUAGAGGAUGAGAAUCUUGUUUUGAAAGAGCGUCUGUUCUUGAUUCAGCAAGAGAUUGAUGAGCUUAAUCAAAGAUUACUAAGUGGUCAGAGAUGUGACGUUGGUGAGAGCGAUGAUAAUGAAGAGAUCCAUGAUGCACAGUCUUGCUUAGGCACAUAAGGUGGUCAUAGGUGUCUUGUACAUAAUUAUGUUACACCUGAUAUGUGGUUUUCCUGUGCUGCCUCACGAACGGGAUCGCGUGAAAGAGCUCGCGGGUGUAUAUACGAAUUCAUUUGUCGAAGACCAGGAUUAUUGGUUAAUGUCUUUCAUCAUGUGGCUUCCAUUAACAUGCACGAUUUUAUGGCAGUUACUGGUGUGACUGGGCUGGAAAAUCUAGAUCGAGUUUUGCUAAUUGUUUUCGAUUUCCUAAUGUGUGGUUGGUUAUAAUAACACAUUAAGGUUGGAAUUUCAGUCAGAAGUCUGUAGUUAUUCUGUAGUAAUUCUGUAGUAUGUCUAUGGGUGAAGUUUUUUGGACAUUUAAUCUCACAUUUAGAGACAUGAACCUGCAGUUCUGAAAUAGAUUUAAGUCUCACAAUUCGAAACAUACUACUGAAAUUGGGGUGUUAUCUGUUUUACACGUUCAGGAGCUCUUAGUACCAAGGUUGAAGCGACUGAGUGGUGGUCUGUCCAAACAACGAAUCAAACGUGGUCAAAAUUUUAUUCAUUUUGGCACAUGGCUUCUAACCAACAAAACCCAAGUGGAGUAAUUCUGCGCCAUCUAGCCUUAAAUAUCUUGCGACUAUUAAAUGAAUAGUUGGGAUAUAGUACAAUAUUGAUUAUCAGAGCAUUGUUGAUUGUCAAUGUCAUAUUGAAAGGAAACAACAGUCGCGGUAAAACCGUCUCAGUGUAUCAUAAACUAUGUACAUAGCAACUCUUGUAAUAAACAACGAUGCAAUUGUUGGUCUUAGAUUUUUUAUAAA